AUGAGUAUCCUCGAAUCGCAGGAAGGUGGCAAUGCCCCUUCUCCGCGCAGCUUUGCCAUUGCACACCAGCGGCCUAAGAGCAGCUUCGUGGGAUGCUCGAGGAUCACCGACUACGAGGUCCUGGGCAAACUCGGCGAGGGUACAUUUGGCGAGGUACAUCGCGCGAGAUCGAAAAAGACCGGUGCGUUGGUCGCCCUGAAGAAGAUUAUUAUGCACAACGAGAAGGAUGGAUUCCCUAUCACGGCUCUCCGAGAAAUCAAGCUGUUGAAGCUCCUCUCACAUAAAAACAUCUUACGGCUGGAAGACAUGGCUGUUGAACACCCAGCGAGGAGCACCGACAAGCGGAAGAGGCCCAUCAUGUACAUGGUCACGCCCUAUAUGGAUCACGACCUUUCAGGCCUACUUGAUAACCCCUCCGUCCACUUCACGGUACCUCAGAUCAAGUGCUACAUGUUGCAGUUGUUGGAGGGCCUUAAAUAUCUGCACGCCAACCAUAUCCUGCACCGAGAUAUGAAGGCCGCCAACCUUCUGAUCAACAAUAAGGGCAUCCUCCAGAUUGCCGAUUUCGGUCUCGCAAGACAUUACGACGGAGAGGUUCCUAAGCCGGGGAAGGGGGGCGGUGAGGGGCGGCGUGACUACACUAGCUUGGUAGUGACGCGCUGGUACCGACCUCCCGAGCUUUUGUUGCACCUGAAACGGUACACUACAGCGAUCGAUAUGUGGGGAGUCGGCUGUGUAUUUGGCGAGAUGUUGGUUGGCAAGCCUAUCCUUGCCGGGGAGAGUGACGGCCACCAGCUCGAGAUCAUCUUCGAACUCUGCGGUUCGCCCACGGAUGAGAACAUGCCCGGCUGGCGGUCACUACCGGGUGCAGAGGCAAUCCAUCCCAGACCCAGACCGGAAACCAUCUCGCAACGAUUCGGAUCCCAUGGCCCAGUCGCCGUCUCCCUCCUCAGAGAACUGCUUAAGUUAGACUGGAGGUCACGCAUCAACGCGAUUGAUGCCCUCCAACACCCCUAUUUCCGGACUGCUCCAUACCCAGCGCAGCCCGGCGAACUGCCAUCUUUUGAAGAGAGCCACGAGCUGGACCGUAGGAAAUUCCACGACAGGAGAGCCGCGCUACCGCCUGCACCUAAGGGGGGCACAGUCGGGCGUGGUCCUCACGACGGCUCGAACGCAGGUUUCGGCGGCGGCGGCGGCGACGGCUUCGGCAGUCGGAACGGCGUCAAUGGCGGACGGUACCCGCGCAACAGCCGGGACCCGCCGCCGGCGGAUGGGCGGGUACCAGCGUGGCACAGGGACAGGGGCCUGCCGCCUCGCCCUCCCCCGCCCAUUGACUACCCGCUCGACCACCCAGACGGGUACCGGGACCGAGGCGGGAGACCGCCCCGCGGUGGAGGCGGCGGCCGGCAGGACGUUGACACGUACAUACCCAGCUACGACCGCGACGCGCCCAGGCGCCGCCGGGACGACAGGGAUGAUAGGCGACACGACUGGGACAGGCCUAGGCGGCCGGACUUUGACGAGAGGGCGCGGGCGAGUCGGACCAGGAGUCGCAGUCGGUCGCCGAUCGUCCGUGACCGGGAGAGGGACCGAGAUCGGGAUCGAGACAGGGACCGGGACAUGUACCGCAGGUAG